GCAUUGUGGGAGCAGCGCCGAGCCCGGCGGUUCCCUCACGGUUCCUUCGGCGGGAGGAGAUGCUGACCUCGCGCACGUUCCUCAAGCGCACGCGGGCCGGCGCCGUCCUGAAGGUGGUGCGCGAGCACUACCUGCGCGACGACAUCUCGUGCGGGGCGGCCGCCUGCGCGCUCUGCGGCGGAGGAGGAGCGGCGGAGGCCGGCGGCGACCAGCGGCCCCUGGAAGCUCAGCCAUUCGGGGCCGCCAGCAGCCUCUGCCCGGAGCCGCACUACCUGCUGCUCGACACCAACGUGCUGCUGCACCAGGUAAUGGGCUUCUCCGGCGCGGCUCCCCAGCUGCUGCCGGACUACAACUCCCAGCGUUGUGAGCCAGAAAAUAGCUUGUCUCCUGAGUUAAGCCAAUAAAACUCAGAAACAUGAGGAGUUAGGAGUGCACCGUUGUUUAUUGCAAAGCAAUGGGUUACAGUCGGAUCCUUCCUGCCCGGUGGUCCAGGCUUCUUGUUGUUUAGUCGUGUCCGACUCUUCGUGACCCCAUGGACCAGAGCACGCCAGGCACUCCUGUCUUCCACUGCCUCCCGCAGUUUGGUCAAACUCAUGCUGGUAGCUUCGAGAACAAUGUUCAACCAUCUCGUCCUCUGUCGUCCCCUUCUCCUUGUGCCCUCCAUCUUUCCCAGCAUCAGGGUCUUUUCCAGGGAGUCUUCUCUUCUCAUGAGGUGGCCAAAGUAUUGGAGCCUCAGCUUCAGGAUCUGUCCCUCCAGUGAGCACUCAGGGCUGAUUUCCUUCAGAAUGGAUCGGUUUGAUCUUCUUGCAGUCCAUGGGACUCUCAAGAGUCUCCUCCAACACCAUAAUUCAAAAGCAUCAAUUCUUCGGCAAUCAGCCUUCUUUAUGGUCCAGCUCUCACUUCCAUACAUCACUACUGGGAAAACCAUAGCUUUAACUAUACAGACCUUUGCUGGCAAGGUGAUGUCUGAUAAAAUUUCAAACAAAGCAUUUCAAUUUUCUCCUAAUCAUAUACAUCAUUACCUCAUUUCAUGUAUAAUACACAUGUGCAAUAAGCACUGGCAAUUUCUGCUGAAUAAGUUCUGAUUCCCACCGUGUUCUGUUACAUUGUUUUAGUAUGCACGUUGGGAACCUGUGUUACUACUACUACUACUACUAAUACCUUUAUUGUCAAUGUACAACCUGUGCACAAUGAAAUUCACCAAAUGGUGUAGCCAUUUGCACCAUGUAGCAACUUACGUUCUAGCUUUGAGCUGUAUCUUUGUGAUUAACAUCUUAGCAGUAUUUCUUCCCCAAUGGCGGGGGAGGGGGGCAACUUUCAAAACCAUCAGUUUCAUAAAGUAACAGGCUACCAUAUCUUCUCUAUUAGAAGCACACUCAAGGAUUUACAGGGGUACACAUUAUCACAUUUAUUGUGGCCCUUUGGGCCACUGCCACACCAUCACCCCUUGCUGGCUGGGGUCAGGGGUGAUGAGAGUUGUAGUACACCAACAGCUGGGGACGGGGAUCUCAUCAAGGGUGGGAUGUGCUGCCCUUGGCAGAGCCGGCUGAACAUGUGAGGCGGGAUGAAGCAGUUGUCUCGCAUGGUGGAAGCUUAAGGGGAGGGGACACCAUGAGCACCGUACUCAGCCUCACCCCACGGGAAAGCGGUGGCGGCUCCUGGUCAGCAUUUGAAAAUCACCAGCCUCAAUCUGCAUCACGACUCUCGGCCCCCUUGCGACUGAGGGAAGGUGCCAGGAUGGCUCCAGCAUGUGGAGGUGCGUGCCUCCCUGGGGAUCCUCGGAUCUGGACUGUUUCCACACACUAGCGAUGCAUCCCAGAGAAUUCUAGCUGUCAUAUUUUAUCUGCAUGACCGAAAGAAAUUUCAGGUACCGUAAAGUUACAUUGAAAAAAACAGGACUUUCAAGCCAAAAAAUGGCAACUACGCAUUCUGUUUUGUAAUCUUGGUUUAAGGAGCCAUUUGGCUCCUAGUUUAUAUACCUAAGUUUCUAACGCUGCUUCUGGUGAGAUCUUGGCUGGGCCCACCAUCCUUUCGUGGGUUCUGCCAUGCAGCCCAGGUAAAGGGAGGGUGAGCAGCGGCUUUCCAAUUCAUUUCAGCCAGUGAAACAGUACAGACUACCUUUGCUGCCCUGGAUGAUUUUAACAGGUCUUCUCUUGAGCAGAAGUUAUUUGGAUGCAAACCCAUUCUUGCCUCUUGAUACAAAAGGGCAAGGGCAAGACCUGGGCUGAGUGGCCCAUUAGUGUGCCUUGAGUUUACAUUUGUGUCCUUUGUGUUUUAAAGAAGUUCUUCUUCCAAAUGGCUGCAAUCAUGAAAUAUCUGUUGGUGGUUGCUAAAUAUUAUGAGAAUUUACUCACAUGGUUUGUUUUCUUUCCAGAUUGAUAUACUAGAAGAUCCUGUUAUUAGAAAUGUGAUCAUUCCUCAGACGGUCUUGCAGGAAGUAAGAAGGCGGAGCGCUCCAGUAUACAAACGGAUAAGAGAUGUGUUAGCAAAUACUGAAAAACAUUUCUAUUCUUUCACUAAUGAGCAUCAUAAGUAAGCACGAGAAGUAGUAAGCUACGCCAUUCUUCACUGCUUUAUUCAUUACUAACAGAUACAUUCAAUAUAUACAAGUAGUCUGUUAGGUGCUGUUUAGUUUCAGGUUGUAUUUUUUAUAUUGAGGGAUAACUCUCAUAGCAAGCUCUAUCAAGAUGAGUACUGUUAGGAUCCAGAAGAUCUCCAGAAGAACUGGGAGGGAGGUAGCACAGCUGGGCUAUGCUGACUUAACUCUCUCCUCCUUGGCUCAGCUGGAGAAAUGCUGGAGUGUAGCUUGGCGGAUGUUAAAAUGACAUAAGCCCUGAAAAAGGGUGCAAUUGGAGUGGGACCAGAGAGUCGAUCAGCCACGCUGUUAGUUAAGCUGGCAAAAAGGGUGCUGUAACUGAAACCCUAUUUUAAAACUUUGUUUUCCUUCCGCCAGUGUUAAGCUGGCUGAGCCAGCAGUAGCCCUGCUCCUAAAUAGAGUUUGGACCUGGUGUAACUGGAUGCUUGCUUGCUUUAUGCCAGCUUAAUGUGUAUAUGAUCGUUUCCUAAAUAGUAUAGAAAUGCUUUAAAAUAAAUAGCUAAAUUUGGAUGAAGUUGCUGAAAACAGCACAGUGCAUGAUGGGAUUGUGUGUGUGCUGCCUUUGCAUUGUUAACCCACCUCACCCCUAACCAUAUAUAAAAAUUUAAUUAAUAAUAAUAAUAACUAGCAUAUCUGCAUACCACCUUGUUUGGAGGACUGUUUUACAGAUUCCAUUUCAACUGGAAUUUUGGUUGGAGAUAGGUGUGUGUGUGUGUGUGUGUGUGUGUGUGUGUAUAUAUAUAUAUAUAUAUAUAUAUAUAUAUAUAUACACACAUGGACCUCUUGCGCAAAGGCUUCCUAUAUAUUGCAGGCUCAGAUGUAUAGUUAGCCCUACAAUGCACCGAGGGCCUGUGGGCGCCAGAGGGUUUUGUGUGGUUUAUACUGUAAAUGGAUAAUUUUUAAAUGAAUAACUGGAUUGUUGUUUGGGUGCUUUUUGAUCUCCAGAGAAACAUACAUAGAACAAGAACAAGGAGAAAAUGCCAAUGACCGUAAUGACAGAGCCAUCAGAAUAGCAGUGAAAUGGUAUAAUGAGCAUCUGAAGGGAUUGCAGGACGAAGAUAGGAUAAGAGUUAUCUUGCUCACUAAUGACAGAAAAAAUAAAGAGAAAGCUGUGGAAGAGGGAAUUACUGCUUAUACAUGUAAGUCCAGGCAUUGAUGAAAAGCCAUACAGUUCUGCUAUAAGAAAAGGAGCCUUGUGGUAAAAUGUGCUGGUUGAAAACCUAGAAUGGACUUAUUCUGGAGGAAAGAUGUCAGAAAACAGAUUUCACCUGGACUGUGCUCCAGCACACAAGAUCAGUGGGCUUGGGAGUACUUCAUUAUUCAUAGCCUGGCAGAUUUUUUCAGCCUGCCCACUGGUAGUUCUGCUUCUGUGAGUUUCUCAGCAAGUGAUUUCCUCUGCAAAAUACACUCCUAGCUAGCCCUGUCAUCUGCACUCCUCAUCUGAGAAAGGCAGAAGGAGACUUUUGCAACCACCUUGCUCUGUGUGUCCUCCCAGCGCUGGUUGAAGGGAGGUGGGGAGACCCAGUGGAGUUGCUGCUGGAUAAGAAUUAUGGGGGAAAGUGUUCCUUGUUACAGUGGUACCUUGGUUUACGAACUUAAUCCGUUCGGAAGUCUGUUCUUAAACCAAAGCGUUCUUAAACCAAGGUGUGCUUUCCCAUAGCAGCAGGGUGCUCAAUUUACAAAUGGGAUACACUCAACAGGAAGCAGAACAUGUUCUGCUUCCAAGGCAAAGUUGACAAACCAAAACACCUACUUCUGGGUUUGCAGCAUUCUUUAUCCAAGUUGUUCAUAAACUAAGCUGUUCUUAAACCAAGGUACUACUGUAUUAAUGGAAUGUUUGAUACAGUAGUGGGGCAGUAUUUAAUUUCUAAAAAGAAGGAAUGUGCAGGAACUCAGAUUUUGGGGAAAACAGUUCUGUAUAGGGCAGAACAGAUUGUACUUAGUGGAAAGAUUAUUUGCAUGCCUAGGAGCAUUUAUACCAUAUACCAUUCAGUUAGUAGAAAUAAUUCUUGCUAUCAAACCCAGACAUAAUUUGUGGAGCCCACAUGUCAGUCUCACCAUCCAAACUGAAGAUUUGCUGCUGUAGAAAACAAUAUUAUGCACCAGUUUAAUAUUUAAUAGUUUUGUAAAUCAGUAUUGCUUGUCCUAUGAUUAUUGUUGCAUAAAUGUAUUUUGAUUUUAUUGGUAGGUGAAGAGUACAUAAAGAGCUUGAUAGCCAAUCCUGAACUUGUGGAUCGACUUGCUUGCAUAAAUGAUGAAGCGGUAUGUUUCACCCUUCUGAGUAGAUGUCUCUGGAACAAGAAAGAUUUCUAGUAUAACUUUAUUAUUGUAGAAAAUAUAUCAUUGAGUCUUGUGGAAUUGUUUUCUUCUCAAGUUUAUUCGAGAAAUGCUAAAUAGACCCUGGGACUCCAUCACUCUUUGUGCUGUUCAGCAGUGGUCUCCAUUUUUCUUUGGUGUUCCUGUGAUGUGGCAAGAAGCAGAAGAGAGGAUUGGAAAGAUUGCAAACUAAGGAUAGAUUGGCAAAGAACCACUUCCAAACUCAUGGCAACAACAAAACUAUAGUUGCACCAUAAAUAUCACCACCAGUCUUGCUCAUGAAGAUCUAGACCUAAAAUCAUCAGCUUAGGUGGAUCACUCAUUCUUGGUAUCUGAGGGGGCUGAGAAGGGCAGCUUCAUUCUAUGGAAACGAGGGUCAGGGAUCUGGUGAAACAUCCAGCUGGUUCAAAUGUAGUGUUAGGUGCACGAGUUGUGACAAGCCUUUGGCUUACGUACUCUUCCUGUCCUUUCACAUGUAAGAGGAAGAGAUUGAAAACUUCCACUUUCAGUUGUAAAAUAAAAUUCUCCUUUAUGCCUGACAUCAGGGAAUAUUUAGCUCUGUAUGUUUAGCUCCGUGAAAUCAAACCAUUUUUUAUUAUUGUUUUAUGGAGAAGUUCAGUGGUUUAAAAACCUGAAGAAGAUGCUUCUGGUAACCUACUCUUGGUGCAUGGAGUAACACUAAACCAUGGUUUAGAUUAUGUCCAAACCAGCCUACUGACUCUUAACUGUUUCUUGUAUCUGCAUCUGGCUCUUACAGAACGAAAUAGAAAAUGGAAGGAUCAUUUUCUCUGAGCAUCUUCCACUCAGCAAACUGCAGCAGGGUAUCAAGUCUGGUCUUUACCUUCAAGGAACCUUCAGAGCUAACAGAGAUAAUUACCUUGAAGCUACAGUUUGGGUUCACGGUGAUGGGGAUGAGAGAGAGGUUUGUUUGAUACACGAUUGCCUGUGAAAUCCUUCACUGGGAAAAGGUGCAAUUGUUUUAUAUAUGAAUACUCUUUCGAUUUUUUGCAUAAUUGAAAUGAAGGUGGGUUGAUAGGGUGAGGUAAGGGAUCAUUUUUAAACUCUUGUGAAUUUACCUGUCAGCUGCAAUUCGAGAACUGUCUACUAGACACUGAUUCACACUAAAAUCAGUGGGGCUUCAGAAUAAGCGCAUUCAGGCUCAUGCUGAAAUGCUACAUCAAAACUGUUUAAGUUUUAUAGUUAAGUGUUGCAUCUGCAUAGCGAAGAAUGUUGUAAAAACAGAUUUCCCACUUCUGGUUUGCAAGGCAAUCAGCGGGUCGUACCGACAUUUUUCUAUUGAAGCUUAACCAUGGUUGAAGCUCAACCAUGGCUUCACUGUACAUUUGGGAUCUUAAUCCUAAUUGAGCUUUGUUCACUUAAUUCUGGUUAAUUUUUACAUUUGCACUGGGCCACUGAAGAAAGCUAGGAGAUGUAACUCUGACUGUAGUGGCCAGUCUGCAAUUAGCAAUGGGUCAAUGCACAUUUCCCUCUCCAGGCCUUUUCUGGAACCUAUCCAGCCCCUCUCUUGGGAGACAAUACUCCCAAGGCACAUGGAUAACCAAGUUUACAGCUGGGAAUCCCUCUACUAUUUUUAUGGGAUAAUACGUGAUUUCAUAAGGCGACUAUUAUCCUUAAAACGGAUUGUUUGCUUGAUGCUUACAGGUAUUAAUACAAGGGCUUAGAAAUUUAAAUCGCGCAGUGCAUGAAGACAUCGUAGCUGUGGAGCUGUUAUCAAAAGAUGCCUGGGUUGCACCAUCCUCUGUGGUCUUGCUUGAUGAGGCGGGUCAGGAUGAAGAGGAUGAUGUGGAAAAAGAAGAACAGAAGGAAAACAGUGUAUGACAUGAACAUGCCAGGUUUCUCUAUUCUUCCGCACUUGGCUCUUCUUAUUAUUGUAAUGAAGUCUGACUGUUUUCAUCAGUGUGUACAUCUUAAUUGAGUUGGCAGUCAGUUAUUAGGAUGCAUGUGUCCUGUGACUCCAUGCAUGCAUUGGGGAAAAAGGUGCAAAAGUUAUCAUUCUCAGAAUUCCAUCUUAAAUUUUCAAAAGCAGCAUUCCAGCUAGAAAAAUUGGGGCUGCCAUACGUCCGGAAAUCAAACUGUGAAAAUGUUGUCCAGGCAGAUUUUUGCUUAAUCGGCAAAUGUAGGGUUGCGAUAUUCCCAAAAGUGAAAAUCAGCCAAAGUUGUUGACCUCCCCCCUCCCCACUCCACUUUUGGGAAUAUGGCAACCCUAGAAGAAUAGUCUUGAAAAUGUGGGCAGUGCUUGAUGAAAUCUUCAAAUUUAGCUGGAGUUUCAGAAGAUUUUUCUGAGGCCAAGGGGUGGGGCCUCUGCAUACACAGUGGGGUACUGAUAACUUUUGAAGUGCCCCCCCCCCAGCCACAUCUCCAUGGAGUGUCCAAAAAUGACAAGCCAACAUACAAAAACAAAGUAAAGUGUAUGCGUGUGCACACACACAAGCAUACAACUCUCUAUUCCUUGACCAGAGGUAUUUCCUUCCUUGAUUCAAACUCAGAGCAAGAAAUAAAAGUGAUCCAUACAAGAGCAGGUCUGGAAACUGAGAAUACAGAUUGAAUGGGAGAAUUCCCCUGCUUUGAAAAGUCUUAAGAGUUGGCCUUCCCUGAGUUUCCUCUUCCCUUUCCCACAGGAUAAUUUGUAGAACUCCCUAGGACUGGCAGGUGCUGAGUUAAUGAGAAAAAAUGAGAGUACUUUUGGAUAUUUUAUUUAUUUCCAUAGUUUUUUAGUUGCAGAAUACAGUUUUUCAUGGUAUAGAUUUUAGUCUAGAUGAGUGCAGAAUGUUCUUUUGUUCUUCUGCUAGUCUUGGAAAGGCAGAAGGAGCUCCAUGAGCUGCAAAAGCUCAUGGGAAAUCUUAAACUUCUUUUGACGUUUUAAAUUUCCGUCCACACACUUUCAAGGGAUCUCUGUGGCUAUAAAUGCUAGAAACUUGCCUUUUAUUUUAUUGUAAUUUGUUUUCCUGAUUGAAACGCAAGUUAUCAGAAUACUUAAUAAGUGAACAAAACCAAAUCCUGUGCUUGUAUAGAAUUACACAAGCCAGCCUGGCUCGUGAAUGAAUCGUUACAGUAUUCUAUUCAGAAUGCUUUAAGGGAAGCUUAUGUCAGAGUAGUUCAAAUGAUGUCAUAAUAUGGGGUGUGACCUGGAACAUUCUUACCACUAAAGCAUGGCAGGUUGGGGAACCUGGUUGUUUAUCUAAUUGCAGUUUAUAUUUAUUAUAUAUGUUUUUAAACCUAGCUGAAGACCUCUGGGAACAAGAGUAUGCUGCGCCCGACUGGCAGAGUUGUGGGCAUCAUAAAAAGAAACUGGAGGCCUUUUUGUGGCAUGCUUUCUAAGUCCCAAAUAAAAGAGGUAAGAGCAACGGUUGUGGAAUACUUUCUUCACUACCUGAAUUCCCUAAUUUCAAUAAAAGCCAUUCCCCCUGCUUCCUAACAGGCAAGGCGGCAUUUAUUUACACCAGCUGAUCGCAGAAUCCCUCGAAUCCGAAUAGAAACAAGACAGGCUUCAACACUUGAAGGGCAAAGAAUUAUCGUUGCUAUUGAUGGCUGGCCUAGGACCUCGAGAUAUCCUAAUGUAAGUCUGAAAGGAAACUAAUUGCCUCUGAAGAUUUAACCAAUCAACCUGAUAAUCAAACUGUUACAAAAGGAAGAUGCAAGAGGUUAACUUGAACUACUUUUGUUGUAUAUACUGGUAGGCAAAGUGUGGCCUGAAAGGCAUUUAUCAUAACUUAUCAUCCUGUUUCGGGACGCGGGUGGCGCUGUGGGUUAAACCACAGAGCCUAUGACUUGCCAAUCAGAAGGUCGGCGGUUCGAAUCCCCGCGACGGGGUGAGCUCCCUUUGCUCGGUCCCUGCUCCUGCCAACCUAGCAGUUCGAAAGCACGUCAGAGUGCAAGUAGAUAAAUAGGUACCACUCUGGCAGGAAGGUAAAUGGCAUUUCCGUGCGCUGCUCUGGUUCGCCAGAAGCGGCUUAGUCAUGCUGUACACCAGCUCCCUCAGCCAAUAAAGCGAGAUGAGCGCUGCAACCCCAGAGUUGGCCACGACUGGACCUAAUGGUCAGGGGUCCCUUUACCCUUUACCUAUCAUCCUGUUUACAAAAUUAUUUAAGCCUUGUGACUGUGGUCACCAAGUCUGCGAUGGAACCUGUUUUUGCUCAUAUCCUGAUUCAGAAACACAGAAGCUGAUAUACUUAAAUAAGUGCCCAAUCCGAUGUAUGCCUACUUGGGAAUAAUUCUUACUGAAUGUAGUAAAAAUUUCACAUCCCAAGUACGUUGCACAUCAGAUUGCUACCUACAAUAAUACUUAUUUUUAAUUGUCUUUAAUAUUAAUAUUUUUUUCAAAACGGCAUUGUUUCAUAAUAUUGAUGAAGACCUGUAUUGGUUUAGGGUCAUUUUGUAAAGAAUUUAGGAACAGCUGGAGAUAAAGAGACUGAGACUGAAGUCCUGUUGCUUGAACAUGAUGUUCCCCACCAAGCUUUCUCCCAAGCGGUUCUUAGCUUCCUGCCCAAGAUGCCCUGGAGCAUUACUGACCAGGUACAGUAAGCACUGAUAAUGUUCAGAAGUGCUAAUUGGUUAACAUCACCAUAGGUUUGCAAUGCAAUUUGUGCUGCAGCAGCAGCAAUGAUUAAUAAUGGAAAUAGAAAAGUGAUUAUUCAGAUUCACUUCCAUAAUAAUGAGGGAUUUUAAACUCUUGGGUUUUUUUAAAACCUCUGCCUCCCUGCAAACAUUGAUUCUACUCGUUGCACUUUAGUUGUCUCAAGCUGACAGAAAAUAGCCGCUAAGUUUCUCCAAGGUGAUUGAAACCUCAUCAAAGUCAAUUUCAGACUGUUUCUUUUAUGAAAUUAAAAUGAACUGUAUGUGCAGAGUAUCCUUAACUAUGGAUAUCAACUGUCUACAGCUUUCCCACAAACUUAUUGCAAAGCAGUUGUCAUUUCAGGAGGCAAUUCUCCCUUUUAAAACAGUUUCUUUAAACUGUUAAUCUUCCAAGUAGCAUUGGAUUGCAUCAGUUUUAUUAGAAAUUGUAUUUAUUUGUGUUCUGCAUAGUAAGAUGGCAUAUUUCCUGCUCUCUCUUGUAUUGAUUGGCCUUUCAUCUUCAGGUAAUAAUAAUAAUAAUAAUAAUAAUAAUAAUAAUAAUAAUAAUUUAUUUGUACCCCGCCCAUCUGGCUGGGCUUCCCCAGCCACUCUGGGCGGCUUCCAAAAAAAAAUAUUAAAAUACUCUAAUACAUCAAACAUUAAAAGCUUCCCUAAACAGGUGUUUUUUUUAUUAAGUGUGCUCUUCUCUUUCUAGUCACAUCCUGUAUACCUGCUUGCUUAAGUGACCAGUUUAUGCUUCUGAAAAACUGGCUGUGGUUCAUGUAUGCCAAAAUAAGUUCAUAGUCUUUUGUGCUGCAAGCUUCCGUGCUGUUUUUGCUGCAUCACAAAAGGGCUCAUUCCAAGGUUACUUGUCUUAAUUAGCAAGUUUUAUAAUUAAGCAGUUUCUUCAGUAUGGUGAACUUUUUUUUCUAUAAUUAUUAUAACGGCCUGCAGUAGUUAUAAAAUGUUUGUUGGAAAACAAAAUUUCAGGAUAUGAAGUUGAGAGAGGACUUGAGGCAUUUGUGUGUAUGCAGCGUGGAUCCUCCUGGCUGUACUGAUAUUGACGACGCAUUGCACUGUAGAAAGCUGGAAAAUGGAAAUCUAGAGGUAAGUCAAAUGUCAGGUGAAGGCUGGCAUGCAUUUUUGCCUGUAUAUCUAAGUCAUCCUUUAGGUCUUGAACAUUUUGCUUUCUGCCUGUGAGGGUAGGAGAAUAAAAGAACCCAAAACCAGAGGAAAAGGCUUAUUGCUCUGUAAGAAGCAGUUACACAGACAGUUUCUUCCAUUAUAAAUCUAUUUACAGUGGUGCCUCGCAAGACGAAAUUAAUCCGUUCCGCGAGAGUCUUCGUCUAGCGGUUUUUUCGUCUUGCGAAGCAAGCCCAUUGACGGAUUAGCGCUAUUAGCGCUAUUAGCGGUUUAGCGGCUAUUAAAGGCUUAAAGGCUUAGGGAUUAGCUGCUAAAAGGCUAUUAAAGGCUAUUAAAGGCUUAGCAGAUUAGAUAAAGGGGGGGAAAAGCGAAAAAAAAAUCUCAAGACUCGCAAGACAUUUUCGUCUUGCGAAGCAAGCCCAUAGGGGAAUUCGUCCUGCGAAGCAACUCCAAAACGGAAAACCCUUUCGUCUAGCGGUUUUUCCGUCUUGCGAGGCAUUCGUCUUGCGGGGCACCACUGUAUUAUGCUCAGGUUUGUGGAUUGCAUUCAGGUAUGCUUUCAUUCUGUUCUAUGAACUAUGAACACUCUUCAGCUACAGUACUACAGCCAGUUACACACAUAGUGUAUUUGAAGGCAGGCUUGUGUGAAUAAAUGUAGGGAUGCUGCUGUGGCUUAAUAUAUAUUCACUGUGCUUGUGCCCAGUGUGUUUCAGUUCCUGGUUUUCUAGUUCCACACUUAAACUCUGUAGUUCUAUGCACAAUUGAAGUCAACUUACUUCUGAGUAGAUAAUGCAUAGGCUUAUACUGUUUGAUUUAUAGGGGCAUGGGUGGUGCUGUGGUCUAAACCACUGAGCCUCUUGGGCUUGCCGAUCGGAAGGUCGGCGAUUCGAAUCCCCACGAUAGGGUGAGCUCCUGUUUCUCUGUCCCAGCUUCUGCCAACCUAGCAGUUCAAAAGCACACCAGUGCAAAUAGAUAAAUAGGUACCACCGCGGCAAAACAUCUCCCUAAUGACUUCAAGAAACAUGGAAAGUUAGAAGUAAAGAGUUAUAUGCAGCAGAGCUAUUUAUGUUUUUGAUUGAUGGCUUGAGGUAGUGAGAAGUUUCAUAAAAUGCCUACUUUUGAAAAUUCUGAAUAACCUGUUUAUUUACUAGGUUGGUGUGCACAUAGCAGAUGUCAGCCAUUUUAUUCGCCCGGGAAAUGCCCUGGACCAGGAAUCUGCCAAAAGGGGCACAACUGUGUAUCUGUGUGAAAAGGUAUAUUUUCCUGUUUGUAUUUAUUUACCUUCAUGUGGCAUUUUAAUUCCCUUUAUUGGUUUCUUCCAGACAUGAAAUGCAUUAUAUUUCUGAAGCUAACCAAUAAUACUAUUGAAUAACAGUUUCCCAGUGAAAUAAUUAACCAAAAAUUAACAGUUGCUGGGAUCCUAAGGGUAGAGAACUGACCAAAACGGAACCUUGGUUGAAUUAAAAUUGUGUGAAAAGCAUUGUCUAUUGUACUUUCAUCACGAUGAGACUUUCCUUUUGACGGGAUUUUAACCUGACGUUGGGUGACCCUUUUUGCCUACAGAAGCUCAUUUCAAAGGGCUAUUUUUUCAGGCUUCGACGUCAUUCAGAAGCGCCGUUCAGAGCACAGGGCAAGAGAGGGCUUUUUUGAGAGGAGCUCCUCUCAUUCUCUCAUGCCCUGCACUUUGAAAGGGGCUUUGAAGGCACCAUACGCAGGGCUUGGUUGAAAAAUAGGAACUGUAAUGUGAGAAAGGUAGCGUUUGAUUAUCAACAUAUCCUUGAUCAAAUUAACAACAUGAGUACAGUUCAAUAGAUGUACACUAUGUCUAUAUAUAUAUAUAUAUAUAUAUAUAUAUAUAUAUAUACACACACACACACACACACAUAUAUAUAUAUAUAUUGGUCAUAAAUAACCAUAGUCAUCUUUUUGUGUUUUUUUGCAGAGGAUUGAUAUGGUUCCAGAGCUGCUCAGUUCAAACUUGUGUUCGUUGAGAUCCAAUGUUGACAGGUAAUUGUGUGGAUAGAGUUUUUAGAUAUUUAAGAAUAACUUCUCUUCUGUAAACAGAAAACAAUUCUGUUUGCAGAACGGGUUUUUCCACGUCUCUGUUCUCACUGUGAUGUCCUGCACUCUUCAAGGAUCCAUUUCACGAGGGUUGUGGGAUCCUCCUAAACUGGAUGGCAUGGGGUGCCAGGGUUAGGGGGCUGCAGCAAGAAGCGGGGGGGGGGGGGGAGUGUUUCAUGGAAACUGCAGAGGAGGGAGCAGGCUUCCCUGAACAGAAGUGUCGUCUUCUCAGCCAAGAGCACCCUAGGAUCAAGGACAGCUGCAAGUAAAUUUUCCUGCUUCAUCAGCAACUUCUUACUUCUUUCCUAGGCUUGCAUUUUCCUGUAUAUGGGAAAUGAAUCACAAUGCUGAAAUCUUGAAAACUAGAUUUACAAAAAGUGUAAUUAAUUCCAAGGUAAGGUUCACAUUUAUUUGGAAUAUUUAACAACACAUGCUGAUUUGUGCCAUUUUGAACUCCUGCUUUAGAUUGGGGAAUUGAAUAUGUUUACACAUAAGACAUGAAAAAUGGGUGAGUUCCAAGUUUAUUUACCUGAUAUAUAUACUGUCCAGUCCAGAUAAUGUGAGUGGCUGAAAUCACGUUGAUUGUUUCUUCAGCAAUAGAUCUGGACAAAGCUAAAUCAUACUUAGAGUAGACUUAAAUGGGUUUAAGUUGACUGAUUUCAGCGGUUCUACUAGAGUGUGACUUAACAUUGGAUGUUACUUACAAUCUAAACUACAUUUUGCUAUGUUUGGCACCCUGAAAAAUAUUCUUUAUUUACUUAUUUGUAUAUUGAAAUGUGUAUGUUACUUUUACAUCCAGAGGUGGUGAACAAAAAGGCAAUGAAAAUACAGUUACGAUUCAGUAAAGGAAAUAUAAAUGAGCUUGAUACAUGCCACAAAAAGACAAGAGUAGCAGACAAGAUGGAUCAAAAUCAACAGCAAAGCCUGUUGUCUAUGCAUUCAGAGUUAGUGCUGUAAAAGCAGUGAAGGUUGCCCAGUUCAAACUUCCAUCAGAAAUUGAUUUUUGAAUUCUGUCACAUUGAGAUGGGGUUCUCUUAGGAAUCGUCACUGGUGCCCUUAUAUUGAUUGCGUCUCUUUUAUUAUAUAUUUCUGUCCAAAGGCUUCUCUUACAUAUGCUGAGGCACAAAUGAAAAUAGAUUCUUCCAGCCUGAAUGAUGACAUUACUUCUAGUCUGCGUGGACUAAAUAAACUAGCCAAAAUUCUUAAGAAGCGUCGGAUAGAUAACGGGUAAGUAGUUCUUACUGCAGGUCUUCUUCUGCACAGCUUUUCAUUCAUGUGGCGUCACUGUGACCCAUGACAGCCACUUAGCAUUUGCUAGAGUGGAUCUGCCCUAAAGAAAACAGUAGCAGAUAAGAUAGCACAGUAGUUUUCAUAGUUUUCAUACUGCUCUGAAAUUCCACAGAAACGUGUGUUUCUCAAUAACAAGAUCAAGUUUAUUUGAAAGACUGGUUAACCAUGACCACCGUGACACCCUGCAACUUGCAGCAGUCCCAAAUGUGAGUGCUUGGUGCAUUUAUAAAGCCAAUUUCAGAUGGGCCUCAGGGUUUCCAUCUUCCUGCAACCCCGAGCUGUGGCAUAGCCUGUUCGUUGGACCCAUCCCAGCGCCAGGAACUCCUUGCAUGCUGAAUAAAGAUAACCGAGAAACAAAAGAAGUUUGGCAUGAGAGGAGGUGGGAAAGAAUGCCUCCCUUCUCUGAGGGGAAAGGGACAGAGAAGGUGUUGAAGGAAAUUAGAAAGUGAAGUGAAAGAUUAAUGAUAACAACAACAAUUCGGUGUGGUAUCCAGUGCUGUCAUUCCACUUGCCAGCUGGCCCCUACACCCCGUCAAAAUCUGCAGAGGGUUGGGGGACCCUCUGGAUAAGAUUUUUGAGGAGUGCAAGGAGAGGAGAGGAAGGGGACAUUCCACUGACUAAUACGGAGAUGCUGGAACACAAAACAUCCAGGACAAAUGGCUGAAUUUAGCAUGAAGAAAAGUGAGCUCUGGGACUCCUUGCCAGAAGGAUAAUGUUGUAACAAAUAUAGCAAUUUCCAAAGAUGGAUUAAAUAUCAGUAGAAAAUUGUAAUUAUUGCCAUCAUUUUCUACCGGUACCUACAAAUACUUGUUUGUAUGAUGUAUAGGCUCUGUAAAAUAUUUACUAUUCUCACAUCUAUUAUUUUCUAGGGCUUUAACUCUGUCUUCACCUGAAGUCCGUUUCCACAUGGAUAGUGAAACCCACGAUCCUAUUGAUUUACAGACGAAGGAGCUCAAGUAUGUUUUAUCUGCAGUCGAAUUAUUUGUUCACAAGUGGAAGUACGACAUGCACAGUGCCGCUCUCCACACCAGAGGCCACUACAAAAUAUCAAAGCAGUCGACAGUAUAUGUUGCAUACUGUCAAGAUAAAUAACAGAAUGUGGUCUGCUUAUGAAUAUAUUAUAGUACACUUCUGCUUAGAACGUUCAGAAAAAAGGUUGUUCUGUGGAAAAGUCGGGAUUGUUGGAAAAUUGUGAACAUGGGCUUAAUGAUAAUGUUAUUAUUUUUGUUUACUUACAGAGAACCAUUAGUGUAUGUGGCACUUUACAAUAUAACCAAGCAAUAAAUCUAAAUUUUAUAAGCUAUAAUCUACAGCUUCUAAAUGUGCACAUCUAAUUUUGGCUACACAAGCAAUGUGCUGAACAGAGCUGGUUUCUGAGCCUGUCCACUAGAACAAACACACUCCAGAGUGCAUCAAAACUGACAUUAGGUCACAGGGACAGGGAACAGUGUGUAAAGGGCAUUUGUGUAUCAUGUAUAAAAUAUGCAAGAGUGAAUUCUUUGUACUUCCCCAGAACAAACAUAUCAAAUUUUAACUAUCGCUUUCCAUGACGGCCUCUCUUCUUAUAAGUGUAAUAUUUCCUGUUGACAGAGAAACCAACUCCAUGGUUGAAGAGUUCAUGCUGCUUGCUAACAUCUCUGUGGCACAAAAGAUCUAUGAUGAAUUCUCAGAGCAUGCCUUGCUAAGAAAGCAUCCUGCUCCACCUCCAUCAAAUUAUGACAUCCUUGUGAAGGCUGCAAAGUCUAAGGCAAGUUAUCAAUGCUUGGAACUGAAGUGGAUAAAGGAUCAAGUUCUUAACCGAUAGGUAUAUUUUUCUUUCAGAUUUUAACUGGGAUCAGAAUACCUCACGUGGAGUUGUAUUCAGCGUAGCGCUAAGGAAAUUGUUCCAUUGGCACACACAUUUCUACUUUCCCUUCCCUUCCCCACAAACUGUUCUUGGGAUUCUCCUGCCCCUCCAGAGCAGAUCUGAGGAGGUCAUGGAGAGAGGGGAGGUGUCACCAGACAUCCGGGCUUUUUUUGUGAGACUUUGCAAAAAACAACUUUUGUGUCUGGAUUUUCACUUGUUGAAAUACGGUAAUUUAAAUGAGUUAUUUAAAGGUGGCCCACGCUGAUUCACACAUGUACUAGGACAACUUUGCAGACCCAAGACCCAACUCACAUGCAUUUGGGAACCCACUUAAUUGUUUUACUGCAUGGGAGUGCUGCUGUCUUGCAACCCUGUAAGGGGUUCUGACCCUCUUAUUGAAGAUCAUUGUACUCUGGCUUUUCAAACCACAAAGUGUUUGUGCACUUCAAUCCCAGGGCCACUCCUAAAUAUCCAGCCCAUGGGUCAGUUCAGUCUUGACCCACCAGAGUUACCCAUUUGGCUCGUUAGACCAAAUUUGGGGGCAAGCCAUGCUAACCCACUCUACACCUGAAGUCAUUCAGAUAAAGGGCAGGGCUUGGCCAAAAGGGUGGGGCUUCACCAAAGCCCACUUGAACAACUUCCAAAGCACUCAAUAAUUGUCUGGAGCCUUUGAAGUAAUGUGCAAAACAGGUAAGAAAGAUUCCCGCACCCUCUCCACAUUGGCAGCAAAUCUGCUGACAUCAUUUGUGACAUCAGGUGAUUGAUAGAUGGGCAGCCCCACCCACCUGUCAAAUUUGGCUUGGGAGACAGAUCCUGAUAAAGAUCUGGCCCACAGAGUAGAAAACCGUUCCCUGUCUGUUCUAGAAUUUGGAGGUAGUAAAAGGAGUUUGCUCCCUGUGUGCACAAGACAGUGCUUUGUAUGCUUGCACAGGCCUCAGAGUCCUUGUCCUUUUGACAUCCAAAUUAAGUUCACGAGCACUUGAUUUGUGUACAACAAGGAUAUGGCUUGGCCAUUUCUUAUUUCCUUUACCGUGGCUUUGAACCCCUGUUGAGGGCAGCCAUAUUGAUUCUUAAGUUUGUGAGUUGAACAGAUGCUAUUGUGGUUUAUUUGUCAUCUUGCAUGUAGUCCUUUCCCUGAGGAGCUCAAGGUGUCAUAUGUCAGUUCCUUGGCCUGCAUCAGCAAAUGUGUUCAAUAAUGCAUAUUUAAACCAUGGCAAAGUGUUGGAAAAUAUUGAAAGUGACUCCCCCCCCUCCUUUUUCUGUAGGGUUUGGACAUCAAAACUGACUCAGCAAAAGCCCUGGCUGAUUCUCUUGACAGUGCAGAAUCACCUUCUUUUCCUUACCUGAACACUCUGUUACGUAUCUUGGCUACUCGCUGCAUGAUGCAAGCCGUUUACUUUUGCUCUGGAAUGGACACCGAUUUUCGUCACUACGGCUUAGCGUCUCCUAUUUAUACACAUUUUACUUCACCCAUCAGAAGGUAAUCUCCAUGAAAUUUUGAAAGGGAAAAAAUGUGUGUGUUGCAGCCUGUUAAAAAUAUAGUUCGACAGGUGCUGCAUUCUACUAAAUCACCCUAGGAUAAAUUACUUUCAAUGUUAUUUUCGUUAGUUCAAAUACUAAAGUUUUAUUACAAACUGUGCAAAUUGGCAAACUUCCCUACAGUCUUCUUGCUUUUUAUGCUUUCUUUGCAUACCUUGGGACUGUCUUGCAGAAUUUUGAACAGUUUAUGCUUUUUUAUUUUUUUUGUUUGUUGAAAAAUGAUAGAAUAAAUAACGGCGAGGGAAUCUUGAUUGAUGCAAAGUUUUUAAGAGCCUUUGAGCCUCCAGGGCUUAUUGAAUGGUCAGUAUAUCAGCUGAGGAGGAGCAGAAGGAAGGAAGAAUGGAGAGGAAAGAGGGGGGAUUGUUCUACUCAAUUCCUAUACCCUUUAAAUUUAUUUUGAGUAUGCAUUUCUAAAAUACUGAUAGCGGUAGAAUGAAAGCAUAGGGAAACGGCAUCCAAAUGUCUGGACGACUGUUGCAUGAAGCAUCUGCAAUACAAGCAGAAAUAUCACAAGAUGUAUUAGGAUGAAAAGAGCUUCAUUGGUUCCGUACUGCCUGUGUCAUACACGCACACGAACGCCUACCCCAUCAGACUUUAGGAAAAGACGCAUGUGACUGUCUAAUUCACAUUCAGCCUCCAGCCACGUAGGACUAGAUCAUGCAGAAACAGCCCCAUCCCAUAGCUGUAACUGCUUUCAAUGGGGACCUGUGUGAACACACAAAGGAUAACCCUAGAAUGUAGUUUAUAAAAAGGCUAGACUUUCCUCAGCAGUCUUUUAGGAGAACAGGCCAGAAACCUUUGAAGUCCUGUUUCAUAUACUGAAAUGACAUGGCAUGUUUUAUUGGAGAAAUAGAUGUAAGCAAGUUCUUCAAAUCUGAAACUGCUUUGGUAUUUUUACCCUUGGAUUUUAACCUUCCACAAAAUACAGAAAUCAAAAGUGCCAUGUACUUUAAACGUGCACUAUCAGAUUUUUGCCAUGAAGUUAAGAAAAUGCUCCUCCUUGCACUAAAUGGAGAGUUUUUUGGGAGAAAUGAAUCUGGAAGUAAGAUUUGAGUUGAGUGGACAUGUUUCAUGAUCUAUUUCCAGGGGGAAAUCAUGAAUAGGAAAAGGGAAAAUACUCCCUCCUCUUUUCACACUUCAGUACAGUGGUACCUUGGGUUAAGUACUUAAUUCGUUCUGGAGGUCCGUUCUUAACCUGAAAGUGUUCUUAACCUGAAGCACCACUUUAGCUAAUGGGGGCCUCCUGCUGCCGCUGCGCCGCCGGAGCACAAUUUCUGUUCUUAUCCUGAAGCAAAGUUCUUAACCUGAAGCACUAUUUCUGGGUUAGCGGAGUGUGUAACCUGAAGCGUAUGUAACCUGAAGCGUAUGUAACCCGAGGUACCACUGUAUCUCCCCCCCCCCCCCCCAAUAAAGCAAUAUAGUACUCAGGUUUGGGAUUGGCAGCAGGCCCCAAACCUGAGCAUAUUGCAUAACAGAGGAAGAUUUCAGUAUAGCGAGAAAGGAAAAAGUCCUCUCCACCAGCCCUGAACAGGGUUUCUUUUCCAGGCAAGCUUAAGCCCUGAAGAGAGACACUCCUGUGAGGAGCAACUGAUACUCUACAAGGUUUUUAUUUGCACACCUUUGCUCUUCCUUCAUUGCUUAUAGUUUAGAAGUGAACUACUGCAUAAGAUGCGAGCUGCAAAACCUGAAUGUUUAACAAGGGUUUCUGUGCACCUGAAACAAACUGCGGUUGGCUCUCACUUGUCAGUGACGAAUGUUUUCUUCUUUCAUUGCAGGUAUGCUGAUAUUAUAGUACAUCGGCUGCUGGCUGUGGCCAUAGGGGCAGACAGCACUUAUCCUGACCUCACAGAUAAACAUAAAUUGGCAGACUUGUGCAAGAAUCUAAAUUACAGGCAUAAAAUGGCUCAGUAUGCUCAGAGAGCUUCGGUUGCCUUCCACACUCAGGUGAAUGUUUGUCUUUUUCUUCCACAAAGCAUUUGGGAACAAAAGAGCGCUGGAGCGCUGGCUGCUUCACCUUGAUGUUGUGAUUUUUAAAUGGCUUUAUAUUGUUUGCAGUCUUGGGGGAUUCUUGAGUCAAAAGAUGAGUUAAAAUGAACUCCACCCCACAAAGAACUAUAUCCUCUUCUUCCCAUUGAUCAUACCUGCUUAAUUUCAGCAAAGUGCCAGCAAUUGGGGGAUGGGUCGCUUGGAAACUCUCUCUCUCUUGUUGCGACAGUUUAGGCAGUGCAUCAUAAUGAAUAAUAUUGUGUUGUGAACAAACAGGAAACUUGGGAAUUUGAAGCUGCUGUUGGUCUGAUGGCUAUAUUUACAUUGUGAAUCUUUAGAACUUUGGAGAAGCAUGCUUUUGAAGAAUGAUCCAGCCCAAAUCAAGAGCACUUGUCCGCUUAAUUUUUGGCAGAGGAGAGAAUUAAGCAUGCAUUUAACUCUGCCAUAGAUAUCUGUGGAAUGGAAAUGGUCUUAAAUUUGAAUAGAUUAUACUUUCCAUAGUGCCUGCAAUAUUCUUUCUUUUUCCCCCUGAAAACUUAAGAGUGUUGUGUAAAAAGACGGUUCAUUUCUAUUUCUUAUACAUAUUCAAAACUGCCCAGAGUCCCCGCCUUUCUGCAUAAGACUCUGCAGUCGUGUUGGUUGUUUCAGAAGUGAGUGGAAGGACAGUGUGGUCAGUCAUUUGCUAGAGAAAGAAGAGCUGCUAGGAAGUGCAUACAUUUGCAUCCAUAUGCCUCCCCCCCGCCCCCCAUGUCUCAGCAUAUUCAAUGCCAGGAAGGAAAACACCACUGGUUUAUCUAUUCAAUAUAAAAUUCAAAGUAUUUGUCUAAGCACUUUGGAAGGGAGUGGGAUUAAUUAAUGACUUCAUCUGGGUGCUGCCUUUCACUGUAGAAGAAACCUCCUUCUUUUCUCUAGGGUUUCAGUGAAGAUAAUCAUUUGUUAUCAUUAUUAUUAAGUAUCAUUUAUUUAUUAAUUAUAUUUAUACAAAUUAAGUAAACAAAUAUAAAUAUUUUGCCUGGCACCUAAAAUGCAUUAUUAUAUUUAUUAUAGUUAAACAUCAAAAAUGGUUUCAAUUUCUCCCUACCAUAGUUGUUUUUCAAAAACAAAGGCGUGGUGAAUGAAGAGGCGUAUGUCCUGUUUGUACGGAAAAAUGCAAUUGUCGUUCUGAUUCCCAAAUAUGGCUUAGAAGGCACCGUCUUCUUUGAAGAAAAAGACAAGCCAAAACCAGCCCUUCUGUACAACGAGGAGGUAAGGCGUCUUAGUUUUUGUAUGGGAUCUUUUUAGCUGGGACAUCACACAAAGCCCAGCUGCCACUUAUGCAAAGCAUGUUCAGAGUUUUAGACUGAAUGCUUGAAACUAAUGUGGCAUCAAAGUUGAAGCUGAUUUUGAGAAAUAGCAAAAUCUAGAAACGCAGUAGGAACAACUCCUAACCACUAAGAAGCAUUUCAAACUUACUAAGUUUAAUGUGUGUUUUUGUAAGUUCAGCAUUAGAUAUGUUACAAGGGAAACUGGUUUCAGGGCUGUGUGCGUGCUAUUUGUGUGUGUUUCAUUUUAUGCAUGCUUUGUUAAGCUGAUUGAAGGAAUGUAGAUAGAUUGCUCUGUUAGAAGUGCAAAUUACUUAUAUGCAGCUGUUGCUUUCCUUAGGGGCUUGGUAUAGUUUCCUUAUUACCUGAAAGUGAAAGCUUUAAAUACUUCAAAUGUUAUGCUUUAAAUACUUUAAAUGUUAUUACUAUCUAUUAUCCUUCAGUGUAUCAAUCCAGUAUUGAACUUGGGGGAAACAUAUGUUCUUUUCUUAGAUUCCCUCUCUCACUGUGGAAGGCACGCCUUUCUAUACGUUUGACAAGGUUAUAGUGAACAUCAUGUUAGAUGCUUCCAAUAUUCAGCACCAGAAAAUCCGUAUGGCCCUGGUGGAGCCCAAGGUAGGUUACUGGUGUAGUAGCUGAAAGCAGUGUGGUGACAUGGAGAAGUCAAAGCAUUGCAUAUUGGUUUGAAGUCGAUCUGAAAGCAAACUUUGAGACAGAUUUGGAGGUUCCUUCUUGGAUAAAAACACCUAGGAAUACGUUAUCUAUUACUUUUCUUAAAUGGGUUGGCAUGGAGGAAGUAUGGCACAAACUGCCUUUUAUUAUUUUGACCUGGUGGGAAGGAACUAAGUUCCCACUGGAAUUAAAAGGGGGCUUAGGAAAAACACGGGUGGUGGUUCAGUGUGUUUUAAAUCCAGCUGCUGCAGCUUCACUCGCCAGCAAAGUGCCCAUCAAAUUGCUGGCUCAUACAUAAGUAGCAAGGAUUUGUAUAUUCGAAUGGCCGCUUGAAGGUAUAGGAUGUAUCUGCAUAGAAAAAACCACAUUGCACUCCUAUAUAAAAAGACCUGUUGAUAAGGGUCAGAUGAGGUCACACAAUUUUAUCUCUGUGCAACAGCACUUUGCUUUCUCUAGUAUAAGUGGAAAUAGGUAAAAUAAGUAAAGGACCCCUGACAGUUAAGUGGAUAUAGUGUUGUUCAUUACUUUUUCCCAUAGGAAAAAGUGUACUGGGGGUGAAAACUUACUGCCAGUCUCUUGUGACUCCCAUCAAGAAUCAAGCCGGUUCCUAUCUGUAUCGUGGGUUCUGUUUGUUGGUCACUAGAACAAGGUGGUCCAACUUUUCAUACCAAGUAGGCUUCAAGAGUACUUUGACAUUGAACCCGUGGGAUGCACACUACCUUAUCGGGCGGGGAUGAGGGCAGGCUCUGGGAAGGAGGAUGGAGGAUUCUAGGAUCCUGGCGGAGCCCUCAUGACUCCUUCCCAAAGCCCAGUGUCUCCCCCAGCUUUGGGAAGACAGCAGGAGGGCUGGGGUGGAGUGGGGAAGGCGAGGGCCAACAAAAAAGCCCCUGAGGACCACAUAUUGGACCACUCUGCUCUCGAGUGUGCGUGUGGUGGGGAGGAAUGGGGAACCGUUGUCUAGUUUUUCUUCACUGAAUUGUGAAUUAUCCUACAGCAACUCUCAAAGAACACCUCUGUUUAGGGUUUUAGAAUAUACAUGUUGUGAGGCUGGGUGACAAGACUAUUUCAUUUUAAAAACUGAUAGCAUUAGGCUGGCAUUCAGCUAAACAGUUCUGCAAGCACGACUACUUUUCACUGUGCCAUGUAACCUCUCCACUUUGAUGCCCCCUAAAUCUGCUCCGGAGGCUUGGGAAAACCCCAGAACACAUUUUGCAGGUGUGCAGGACAAAGUUGUUCCAUUGCACAGCUAAAAGUUCUACGCUAGCAGGGAAUGGCUUGUGCUUUUCACAAGAAGUAAACAUUGUUAACCUUUUCCUUUUCUGCCAGGUACAAGGCAUUAGUAUUCCAAGCCAGGCCAAGCAACUGAGCGGCAAGAAUGAACCAGAGAAAAAGAAGACAAAAUUGGGAAAAUAGCUUCAUUUAGCCAAAAAGAAAUAGUUAAUUUUACAUCGUAUUGGAUGUUUAAGACAAAUGAUAUUUUAUAUACAUUUACAAGCCACUUUUAAAUAACUUUGUGUCGUUUAAACUUUUAUUUUUAUAUGUUCCUGUUCAUGUAUUGUAUUUAAAAGCACCACUUAAAAAACGAAGCUAAGCUUUUGGACAUUUUUAGAAGCAGCAAAGUAAAUAAUAUCUUUACAAGUUCCUGAUUUAGAAUUCGUUUAUAUGUGCUGUGGUGUUUCAGACUUUUCAAAAUAACAUCUGAUAAAACUGUUCAUGUACAAAAAAAUAAUUAAAAGAGGAAGUAAUGAACCAUUUUUUGAACCU